AAUUCCACAAGAAAAUGAGAAGGCUUCUAUACCACAGAAACUUCCACGGAAAAGAAAACAGGAAAACAGAGAGAAUUCAAGUACAGAAAACAUGGACCUUAAGAAAAAGUGUAUCCCAUGGAAGGGCUCCCAAGAUGGAACAAGGAGACAUGUGAUGUUGGGAGAAGAUACUCAAAAGAUUGAAACUGACACAAACUCCGAGAACUCAAGAACAUUCAGAAAAUACUUUCACGAUAUUAGGUAUUUGGAUGAUUCGGAGAAAUGUCGGCUGAUGGAACUGCUCAAACAGGCAGUAGCCCUGGUGGUAACUCUGAUAUACCCGGAUGGUUCAACCCAACUAGGAACUAGCCAGGCCCCGCCCUCCUCCGCUGAAGGAGUUGUGAUGUGUCUGCAGAGGGAGGCAGAGAAGGGCAGUGGUCCCCUGGGGACUUCAGCCUCGGGCCACAUUUCAGAGCAUGACAGCACACUCAGUGACCAGUACUUCUACAUAAAAACAGAGAAAUCUUCUCUCUGGGGCCAGGAGCAAGAGGCACAUAAUCAAUUUGCCAGAGACGUGCUGCUCCAAACACUGAAGUCGAAGUGUCCUGUUAUUUGCUUUAAUGCCAAGGAUUUUGUGAGAACGGUGCUGCGGUUCUUGGGAGGUGACGUCAGUUGGAAAGACGCCGCUGGCUUUGUGGGGCUGGACCCCAGGGUGGCUGCCUGGCUGGUGAGCCCCAGUGACACCGCACCUACUUUUGAAGAGUUAGUGACCAAGUACCUGGACGGCCCCGUCACAGUCGCCGUGAUGGGUCCCUACGGAAAUUCCUCUGGAGAGACGGUGAGUCGGCGCGUCUGUGAGAAUCUGAGGACACUCCGCACUCUCAUGAGGCACCUCUGUGCUCGACUGAAGGCUUGCGGUCUGUGGCGACUGUUUUAUGCUUUGGAGCUUCCGCUGAUUCCAAUCUUAGCAGUAAUGGAGAGUCACAGCAUCCUCGUGAGCACAGAGGAGACAGAGAGGAUCUCGGAGCUUCUGGCGUCUCGGCUCAAGGAACUGGAGCAAGAGGCCCACUUUGCUGCAGGAGAGCGGUUUCUGAUAACGAGCAGUCACCAGCUUCGAGAGGUCCUGUUUGGUAAGCUCAAGCUGCAUCUGCUGAGCCCUCAGAAGAGUAUGCCCAGGCCAGGACCACGGGGACAGCCGUCCACAUCUGAGGCCGUGUUACAUGUUCUGCAAGACCUGCAUCCGCUGCCCAAGAUAAUCUUGGAGUACAGGCAGGUUCGCAAGAUCAAGUCGACCUUCAUAGACGGACUGCUGGCCUGCGUGACAGAGGGCUCUGUUUCCUCUACGUGGAGCCAGACAGGGACUGUGACCGGAAGACUGUCGGCCAAGCAUCCUAAUAUCCAAGGUAUCUCCAAACACCCGAUUCAAAUCACCAAAGGUCAAAAUUCUAAAGGUGAAGAAGACGCAGUGGUGACCAUCUCCCCCCGGAGCCUGUUUGUGUCGUCCCCUGGCCGCAGCUUCCUGGCCGCAGACUUUUCACAGAUUGAACUGCGUAUUCUCGCACACCUAUCUGGGGAUCCAGAGCUGCUGAAGUUAUUCCAGGGAUCUGAGAGAGACGAUGUAUUUUCAACCCUGGCUGCACAGUGGAAGGACAUCUCCGCAGAGCACGUGACACACCUGGACAGAGAGCAGACCAAGAAGGUGGUUUACUCGGCGGUGUACGGCGCAGGGAAGGACAGGCUCGCGGCCUGCCUUGGAGUCACUGCUCAGGAGGCCGCCUUGUUUUUGGAGAGUUUCUUGCAGAAAUACAAGAAAAUCAAGGACUUUGCCCAAGCAACCGUCGCCCAAUGCCACCAGACAGGCAGGACAGAGAGAUUGAGAGGGAAGGGGAGAUCGAGUAGGAGAGGGGCAAGGAGACACCUGCAGCCCUGCUUCACCACUCGUGAAGGGCCCUCCUACAGUGGGCCCGGGGCUCGCACCCAGGUCCUGGCUUGUGGUGCCACCACCCAGCCCUCACAGUUCAGGACUGAAAUAAAAGCCCCACAUCUCGAGAAGUGAAUGAGAUGUUAUGCCGUUCACAUCAGAAGCCAGGUGCGGAGACCCAGCAGGUAUCCAGCCAGCAGGAAGAGCCUCCAGCCGUCCCAUCCCUGAGGCCCUGGGUUCAAUUCUCCAAGCCACAGCGGGGUCGCUGGCAGCACGGGGUCACCUCCGUGCAUGGCGGCAUGAUGCUGCUGUUUCUCUUCCUCUCGCUAUAAAAUGUGGACUAGAGGGCCCUGGUGGGGCUCACCCAGUAAAGGUCACGCCCUACCUAGCAUGUGUGAGGAACUAGGUCCAAACCCAGGUACCACAUGCAAGCACCACAGAUAGCACAGGGGAAGCUCCAUGGAUGGUGCACCGUGCUGUCCCCUCUGCCCAGCUGACAAGAUCGACAGGUGGCCCUGGCAGCAGUGGCAUCACAUGCGCAAGGCUCCAGCACCACCAAAAAGAACUGACAAAAUAUAGGCUACAACUGGGCCACCCAGGAGGUGGCACACAGGGUUCAAGUACUGGACGCUGAAGUGGGGUCCUGGGUUAGAUCCCAGGCGGCACGUGUGCCAGAGUGGUGCUCUGGUUCUCCCUCCUCU